GCGACUCACAAACGGAGUAAGAAACAAACGUUAGUGUGUGGGUAACCGCAGAUGGUUCGCAACGACCGGUUGAAAAUUCUGAAAAUCGUCGGGAGGAAAAGUUGUUUGAUCCAUCAUGACUUCGUCCAUGCCGCAGAAGCGCUACUACAGACAGCGAGCCCAUUCAAACCCGAUGGCAUACCACACGUUUGAUUACCCUGUGUCCCCUAAGGAAAUGGACUGGUCCAGUCUGUAUCCAGACUUCUUCACUGGCAACCCGAGUGAGAAGGAUCCCCCUCGAGUUGAGUUUGCUGACAUUGGAUGUGGAUACGGCGGGCUUUUAGUGGAGUUAUCUCCACUUUUCCCAGAUAAGCUCAUGCUGGGUUUGGAGAUCCGGGUGAAAGUGUCAGAUUAUGUUCAGGAUCGUAUCCGGGCGCUGCGCGCCUCGAACCCGGGGAGCUACCAGAACAUCGCCUGCAUUCGCAGCAAUGCCAUGAAGUACCUGCCCAACUUCUUUUUCAAAGGACAGCUCACAAAGAUGUUCUUCCUUUUCCCUGACCCUCACUUUAAGAAGACCAAGCACAAAUGGAGGAUCGUUAGUCCUACUCUGCUGGCAGAAUAUGCCUACACACUGAGAGUAGGGGGUUUGGUGUAUACCAUCACGGAUGUGGAGGACGUCCACCUCUGGAUGGUGAAGCACUUUACUGAACAUCCACUGUUUACACGGGUCCCUGAUGAAGAACUGGUCGAAGAUGUCAUCGUAAGUCGUUUGGGUACGUGCACAGAGGAAGGAAAGAAAGUGCAGAGAAAUGGAGGGAAGAAUUUCCUCGCAGUUUUCCGAAGGAUUAAGGAUUCAAAUGAGACUUGAGCAGUCUGGCCUGAAGUAACAGCCUUCUGCAGUCAGAUUUAGGUGCUCUGCUGAGGGAUUGUUCACCAACCAGAUGAACGCUGAUCGCUUUUUUUUUUUCUUUUAUUAAUGGACAAUAAUGGAACUUUUUACCACCAUUAGAUUUUUUUUCUUUUCUUUUUUUUUGGGGGGGGGGGGCUUUUUUCCAAAUAAUUUAUGUUUUUAUUUUCUCACAAGAGAAGUAAAUCAUAAAAUGGUCUGAAGUGUUGUGUGACACUUUCUCAUUUUUGCCUCUCUUGUUCAUCAGUUUCUCUUGCCAAAUGUCAGUGUGCUGUUUUGGAUUUCAUGUAAAGCUGUACAGUAUUUCAGAAAAUACAAACAAAAUGUAAAAUGUA